UCCGACGUCUGUGUGAGAGGAGCUGCUGCACCGUUGGGAUCAAACCUCUGGGACUUUUGUUUGCAGAAAGUUUUCACUGAAAACCCGGACACGAGCCAGCUGGAUUUUCCGAUUGUUUAAAAUAGUGUUAACAAGAUCGUGUUGAGAUGAUUCCUCACAUCAUCACAUACCUGGGGUGCCUGGUGUGUCUGUGUUCUGCUCGUCCUCAACCAGAACCGCUCCACUCAGUGAGGAUGGAGAAGAACUCGCCUGCAGCCGGCUCUCUGUCAGGCCGAGUGGUGCUGCCGUGUCACUUCGCCAUGAUGCCAGAUUCUCCCAGCAGCUUGACACACACUCCCUCACCCAGCACACACACCCCUACAUCUGGACCUCUCCUCCCUGCCGACGCUCCUCACACCCCAAAUCCUGAGGAGCAGCUGAGAAUCAAGUGGACAAAGCUGGAAGGAGAGGGAGAGACGGUGGUGCUGGUGGCCCAGGCAGGGUUAGUCAAAGUGGGGCCAGAAUACAAGAGCAGGGUGUCGGUGCCCAGUCACCCGCUGUCAGUCGGUGACGCCUCUCUGAUCAUAGUGAGACUCAGAGCCAGUGACGCAGGACUGUACCGCUGUGAGGUGAUGCAUGGAAUGGAGGACAUUCAGGACACUGUAAGCCUUAAUGUCACUGGUGCCGUGUUCCACUACAGAGCCAACACCAGCCGCUACACCCUGGAUUUUCCUGGGGCUGUGGAGGCGUGUCAUGCUGCAGGCGCCUCCAUCGCUUCACCAGAACAGCUGGAGGCUGCUUUUGAGGAUGGCUUGGACCAGUGUGAUGCGGGCUGGCUAGCCGACCAGUCAGUCAGAUAUCCAAUCACGAUGCCCCGUCCUGGCUGUGCAGGUGAUCUGAUGAGCAAGCCAGGAGUGAGAACAUACGGCAUCCGACUCCCCACAGAGAAAUAUGAUGUGUACUGCUUUGUAGACAAACUUCACGGCGAGGUCUUCUACCCUCCAUCCAUCAGCAAUAAGCUCACCUUGCAGCAGGCAAGAGAGGAGUGUGAGAAACACGAUGCCGUGUUGGCGUCGCCAGGUCAGCUGUUUGCAGCCUGGAGGGCGGGGCUGAACAGAUGCGACCACGGAUGGCUUUCUGACGGUAGCGCCCGCUACCCCAUCACCAUCCCCAAGCCUCAGUGUGGAGGGGGCCAGCUGGGCGUCCGCACACUGUACAAGUAUGAAAACCAAACUGGCUACCCAGACCCCACGGACAAGCAUGGAGCUUUCUGCUUCAAGGCCAAACUACCAGAGCCGACUACCAUAAGCCCAGCGACAACUUCAACUGUGAAAAAACCUCACGACCCAACGUACGAUCCCCACACUACAACACUGCGGCAUCUCUCAGACCCUGAACAGGCUGAAAUUCAAACAAGAAGACCAGAACCGGCUGCAUACUCUCCAACAGAGAGGCCAAACACAGCCUUACCAGAUCAACUUCAGGCCCUCCACACCUCCCCCCACACCUCAGCUUCAGUGACCCCAACUCUCAUCUUAGACAACGAUGAUGUUCAAAGUUUCGACAUCUACAAGGUAGAGUCGGUACCAGUUAGAGAAGACAUUGUGGUCCCCAUGCAGCUCCCUCCCUUACCCACCACCCGCUCCCUGACUACACAACUUGACAUCUCCCAAGGGGGGGAGGAGGUGGGCCAGGCGGGUUCGGGCCGAGGUGAGAGCGGGCAGGGAGGCAGCGGUGACAACAGCUCCAGUCGGGCGGAGGUGGGAGCAGUUGAGACCCCAUCACAGGUGUGGGCAGAAACCGUAUCGGGACCGAGUUGGCUUCUAGAGACGACCACGGGGCCAGAGCUGGGUGUGGAAACCACACUGAGACCAUCACAGCUUCCAGAGAUCACCCUACAGCAUGUUGGUCCAGAGGUGCUCACCCCAGAGGUCGUCAGCCCAAAGCCAGGCAUCCCUGUUGGUAGUGGAGAUGAUGGGCAGGAACAUCCUGCUGUCGUUUUUAAAGAGGAUGUCAGCACUGGAGCGACGACGCAUACUUUUGACCUCGACCAAUCUCUGACCAUUCCUGCUGUAGGUGGAGAGUCAUCGGCCAAACCUCCAUUCCAUCUCAUCAUCGUCAAUGUGCACAGCCAGAAUCAGUCAGUUGACCACAUCCUGGAAAUCUUAAACCAGCCUGGAAACAGCAUCACCGGCUCCAAGUCCUUGUUCCCCCAGAUCACUGACUUUUCACAUGUGACCAGCGAAGCUAUCCAGGGCAGUGGAGACAUAGACUCUCUUGAGCCCACACCCAUCAAACUGCCUCCAACUGUCAGCUUCUUCAAUGGAAAACACGAGGUGACUUUCGAGCCAGAGCAGCCAGAGGAAGCUAGAGGGGAUCAGUUUGAGACAGCUACUCCUGUUCGAGUAGAAGACAUGGAGGUGGAGGAGAAGGACGGCAGGGAAAGCGUGACUCCUUUUGACUAUAAUGUCUUAGAAAUCCAAACAGAGGAGACAAAGGCAGAGGAAACCAGUGAUGCAGUCACUCAUCCUGCACCUAUGUACCCAGAUGUAGAUACAGACUGGGACACUGACGUAUACAAGGUCCAUUAUGACUUUACAGAUUUUGAAAGAGUCAGAACUCAAGAACCAGAUGAUCAGACCACCACAACCCCAAACAUGCACCAUGUCUCAUCACUAGCAUCCACCACACCAUCAGGGCCAGUCCUCCCCGGUGUAUCCCAGCCUGUCACUGAUGCUGUCUCUGCCUGUGAGCAAACACAAGGUUCUCCAAACUGUGACACAGAUGCUGCUGCACAGGAGGGCUCUGCACAUGAUGCUUUGCCCACUCCAGCUGCAGACAGCCAGUUGGGCAUGAUGACUGAUGAGGCUGAAAUUGGGGGGACGGAGUUCCCUACUUUUAUCCCAGACCCACAAUCACGAGAAACCACCACACAAUCCCAGACUGAAGACUUUGAAGCAUCUGCCUCUGGAGAAGAUGAGGCUUCAGGACAAGACCCACCGGAGACCCCUGGACUUACCAGCACACACCCACCGAUUUAUUCUACCCUUCACACCCAGCAUACUCAACCUUCAGCAGGUACCGAAGUUUUUUAUGGUGUUGAAACAGGUACAGAAACAGGAUCAGGUGCAGGGCAGCUGUCUAGAGGCUGGGCUGUUUCUGAGGUGGCUGUUUUAAAGCAAACCACUCUCCCCACACACAUGAAGGUAACAACCUCUGAAUCUAGCACAUCAAAACCCUCCACACAUCGCUCCCUUGCUGCCACAGACGAUAAGAAUCAUCCCGCUGUUGCCGCUGAGCCUGCACCCACAACCUCUGAUGGCGAAGACACGCACCCCACCGACACUAACAGAGACCAGGCUAAACAGUCCACCACAAGUUCCUCUAAGUAUGUAAGCCAGCCAAUGCUCUCCACUACAUCACCCUUGUACACAUUCGAACAAAGCACCCACUCCGUCCCCCAGUGGGCACUGUUCCCUGACCCAGCUGCAACCCCUCUCCCAGAGGAUGAUUUGAUGGAUUACGACAGAAUGAUUGUCCCUUCUCUGGUGGAGUCGCUCCCUCAGAUACCAGAGGAGACCAUGGCCACAGAGCAACCAGAGUCCGGCACUGAUUCAACUUAUUCUGUGGAGGCCAGUUCUGUGAAUGUCAGAGACCUCCUACCUUGCUCAACUGGUGUGUGUCAGAAUGGAGGCUCCUGCUACAAGAGGGGAGCACAAAAUAUCUGCGCGUGUGCACCUGGAUACACUGGGCAGCACUGUGAAACAGAUGUUGAUGAGUGCCAGUCUAACCCGUGUAUGAACGGAGCCACCUGUCUGGAUGGAGUCAACUCCUUCACCUGUCUCUGCCUGCCCAGCUACGCAGGAGAGCUCUGUGAACAAGACACUGAGGUGUGUGGAUUUGGUUGGCAGAAGUUCCAGUCCCAUUGCUAUAAGUACUUCACACACCGUCGCACCUGGGACGCUGCUGAGAGAGAGUGUCGGCUGCAUGGUGCCCACCUGGCCAGCAUCCUGUCACAGGAGGAACAACUGUUCAUCAAUCGUCUGGGCAGUGAUUACCAGUGGAUUGGCCUGAAUGACAAGAUGUUUGAGAGGGACUUCAGGUGGACCGAUGGCCGGCCAAUGCAAUACGACCACUGGAGGCCGAACCAGCCAGACAGCUUCUUCCAGUCAGGAGAGGACUGUGUGGUGAUGAUUUGGCACGAGGAAGGACAGUGGAACGAUGUGCCCUGCAACUAUCACCUUACUUUCACCUGCAAAAAGGGAACAGUGUCAUGUGGGCAGCCCCCUGUGGUGAAAGAUACUCGAAUGUUUGGGGCCAUGAAGCCUCGAUAUGAGAUCAACUCCCUGCUCCGCUAUCACUGUAAACAGGGCUUCAUCCAAAGACAUGUCCCCACGAUACGCUGCCGUGCAAACGGCCAAUGGGACACGCCCAAAGUCACCUGCACAAGCCCUGCAACUUACCACAAGUCAUUUACUCUCCGGCACCGGAACAACAAAAACAGCGAGCAACAAAACAGCCACCGUAACCAUCACGUUCAUCACACCAAGAGUCAUCAGAAAGAUAAUCAAAACCAAGAGCAACAGCAGAGUUACAGCAUCCUGCAGAGCUUCUUGAACCCUUUUCAAAAUCGAAUCCAGCAGCUGCUGAGAGAGAAGAGGGAAGUGCAUGUCCAAACACACAGGGAAGAUCAGAUGAGACACUGAUUCGGUUUGGGGCUUUCAUAAACCAGCCUUGCUGCGGCAGCCAAUCACAGCAGUCCUGCCAUCACCGUGCAGAGUCAUCGAUAGACAGAUAGGGCUGUGUUCUGAACUGUCUAUCAAUGGCUCUGAAGAGAACAAGGGGGAUGUUUUACCAGCACAUAAUCCAAAAACACUCCAGGAUCUGAACUGUAACACAAUGAGAAUUUAGUUCAUUCAGCAAGUUAAAUCAGAUAAUAUCACAUCUGCCUAUAAUGUCACAAUGUUCUAAUCAGGAAGGUGCUGUAAUCACGUCACUGUGUGGUUAACUUAAUAGUCAGACACCACAUGGCUGGUCUGUGAAAUCAGAUUUUGUUUGUGUUUUCACGUUCUCUUGAACCGGCAGAGAAUCUGAACAUACUUUAUCAACCCAGUGACGUGUGGGAAAUCUUAGUUUAAAGGUACCAUGUGGUUUUUUUUUUUAUGAACCAACAAAGUCAUAUUUACUUUCAUUGUUUCUCAACAAAUUGCUUUGUAUGUAUCUUUGAGGUUCAUUUUUUUAACAAUGUUUAACAAAAAUUUGAAGUCUGCAUGGUUUCUAUCCAUGUUUGCGUGUGAGAAAGGACGUGAGGCCUUAAGCUAUAAACUAGAAGGGAAUGGAUCUUAAAAAUUGGUUUUGGCUACUGCUACUGCUUUAAAAUAAGAGGAAAAAGAAUUGAGAAACUCUGUAGGUUGUUGAACUUUACUGCAUUUUCCUACACAUCUUUAAAAGACACAUCAACUUCAUUGUGUUGCUGCCUUCAAAUGAGAUCAGUGUGUUCAUAAGAAGAGUCCAUUUGAACACUCCCAUCUUGUUGUCAUGACCAUGUUGUCACUUGAUUCCUGAUAUUUUCAAAAAUGUCAUAGGACAUAGAAGUUAAUUUAUCAUUUGAUGAUAAGUUAAUAUAUUCUAAUUUUAGCCAUACAGACUUACAGACAGUCAUGAACACAAUAUGCUUACAAACAGACGACUGUCCAUGCCGUAAGCACAAGCUCACAACUUGUAUUGUGGGUACUGUAGGCAUCAGGUUGUGACCAAGACGAAUAAUGCAUUUAAACUAUUGACUGCAUGUAAAGAUGGACAACAUGGUAGCUCCCCAAAAGUGUCUCAAUUGCUAAUUGGUGGCUAGCAGCAGUAUAGCUCAUAAAUCCUGCCUCCUCCAUGUUAAUGAACGGGAGACCAAAAAGUAAGAGUCAUAUACAUUUUUCCCAAAAGAUGUUUUCUCUCACUUUAGGAAGUAUUCAUCACACUGGUGUAUGUUGAAGUGUACAUUUUUCCAGUAAAUUAGUGUCGAUUAGUCAUUUGAUAAAAAACAAGUUGAAACAUCAUGAUUGAAAGCUGAGACUGAAUCAUGAUUGGUUUAGCACAUCAAUGGGUAUCAAUGGGACCUUCCAUCCCCAGAUUGCUAUGGUGCAGUCUCUGGCUCCAAAUGGCCAAGAUGGUGGCAUUUGUAUCCAGGGUACUUUAGUGGAAGAUGGUGGGGACGCCUCAUCCAUCUUUAUGUACAGUCUUUGGUGUUAACCAUCCAGCAUGAAUGGAACAAUAGGUUUCCAAAUGUAGAGCCUGUUUCAUCUGUAUUUGGACAAAAUCUACAAAAUAAAAUAGAAUUGCUGUGUUUCUUGGCAUAUUAUCACUUCACUGUGACAGAGAGACAAGAUGCUAACAAAACUCUGUAACCCUUUUCCUCUAUAGUGCUGAUGUGCCACUAUUGGUCAAAGUUCCCACAAGGUACCUUUAAUAUUGGGAAGAUUAUCAUAUACUAAAUAAGCAGUGGUGUCAGUCUCAAAACCAAAACAAAUUAUUCAUUUAAAUAUUUGUGUUUUAUUUGAAUACGAGCUAGUCCAGUAGUUUUGAGAAUAGUUAUGUUAUUGAUAGACUAUAAAAAGCAUGAAUUCAUCACUUUAAAUUAUUACCAUGAAACAUCUUAAGUUUGUCUAGUUUCGGGCUGUGCUGCUUACUCACUUCUUUACUGGUUUAUCUCCCUUGUAGUUUCUUUGAACAAAAUAUUUUAACACAGAAAAUAAUUUUUAAAGGAGAGAUUCAAAGAGCGGCACACAGAGCUAAAGUGAGGUCAGUAUAUUAUUAUGGAUGAGUGGUGUGUGCUGUGGCUAUUAAUCAUAGAAUAUAUAAUAUAGAUACUAUAUAAAGCCAUAUGAAUUUAACUUAUUGUAUACUUUAAACCUAUGAAUGGACUGUGAUAUCAAAUAACAAUCAUUGGAAGUAAUUUUGUUCUGAAGACUUCCUUUCUGUUUACUGUCAUGUUUCUUGCGGCGAGAUCUUGUCAUCAUUUACAAUAGUCAAUGCUGCCGUCAUGGAUGUUCGCUGCAAUGGUUUAGCAACCUUAGCUACUUGAGCUGUUGGUGCCUCUUAUUUUGCUGAGAGUAUUUCUUUUGAACAUGCUCUACUUAGUUAUGCUGGGCUUUGUAAGUGUUCUCAGCUACAUGUAGUUUGUUGCUUUUCACAUGUGAAAUGUGUUUUUAACCCAACUGAUGUGGGAAUGUGAAAAAGCCACAUAGAGACAACUUAAACAUUAUCCAUAAUAUUUUUUAAUUGAUCCUAAUGCAUUUUUGUUUUCUUCCUACAUUUUCCUUUUUAUAUAUUGUUUGUCCAUGUAUAUGAUUUUUUUAAAUUCUUUUUUUACUCUGUGUGGUUGAUAGGGUUUACUGUGUCUGUGGCACAAGAGCUUAUUUUUUAUGUGACUGUGUCUUUUUCCAGUCAAGUUACUGUAAAAUGUUCAUCAUCCUGGUUUCAUUGUCCUUGUCAGCUGUGUGUGCAAUAAUACCAACUCA